AUGAACUAUGGUAACGCUCCAUAUCAACCGCAGGGUGAAAACCCCACAGCGCAGCCAAAUGAGCCAAGACCAAAUCCCUUUUAUGGCGUUUACAAGGGUGUAUAUUGCUUUAUAGUUGCAUAUCUUGUAUUUGGACUAUGGAUUUUCUUUUUAAUUAGAACAAUAGGAAGCAUACUCAUGGUAAUUGAUGUAGUUACGGACGACGACAAUGAUAAAAAAGCCUUGAUUUCAAGAGCUAUCACACAGUUGGUAUUUUUUAUAGUAAUAUGGGUGCUGGAUGCUAACGGUAGGUAUAUGGGUGCUAUAAAGCAAUAA